AUGUUGCAACGUGAGGACGUCAUUGUGGAAGGUGACGAGGAAGAUGACGACUGGGAAACAUUGCGUUCAACCAGCAAGGUGUUGCCAAGCAAUAUCAGCCGACCUUCGCAGAGACAUGAUGAUACCGGUCUCGAUGGCAUGCUGCACGCCACGGUGUCAGGAUCUCUAGCCGUGGAGAAACUUCUCUGGCAGUACAAGCCAAUCUUCACGAUAUCGCAGCUGGUCCUGGCUUGCGGUGCAUGGGUGCUUCUGCCGCUCUUCAAUCCAGAUUCUGCGAACGACGCAAGAUCAGGAGGCGCGGGCUUAGAGUCUCUUUGGCCGGGCGACACGGCCUUUCUGCUGCAGCGAGACUGCGCGGACCUGCGCUACCAGUGCUGGAGGUGGCUAACCUAUCAGUUUACGCAUGCAUCCUUUACCCACAUCCUUGGCAACUCCGUGAUGUUGUUCAUCGUCGCCAUUCCGCUGGAGGGCUUCCACGGUCAUUUGCGCUUGGCCGUUCUUCUGAACGUUGGUGUCGCGGUGGGUGCCGCUUUCGACUCAUUCCUGCAGAACAGCUACCAGCUGGUUGGCAUGUCUGCGGGCGUCUACGCACUGAUGGGCAUGCACUACGCUGAUGUGAUCAUGAACUGGGGCCAGAUGGAGUACAGGUAUGGCAAGUCCGCCUUGCUGCUCGUCCUCAUCUUGAUUGACUCCGUUGCAGCGAUGGUCAGCGAGUUCUCAGGUGACGGUACGAACGUCAGCCAUGCAGCCCAUUUCGGUGGCUGGCUGUCUGGAAUGCUGAUGGGCGUGCUCGUGGGGAGAAACUUAAAGGUCCACGACUUUGAACACUACUUCCAGGCGGUAGCCUUCGUGAUUUUGCUAAUCAUCAUCAUCUUCUCUGCCGUCUGGCUGUCUGGCUGGCCUCCAAGAACGAUCUUCCAGGCGGAACAGGAUGCCUGGUGCUGGGUCCGGCAGGUCUACAAUACCAGCCUCUUCCAGUCAAACAACUGGCAAUGUGUAUUUUGCAGCACCGACGCAUGUACGAAGAGCUGGGCGACGCAAAGGUACAUUGAGCUGGUUUCGGUUGACGCGUGCUUCGCAAACCAGUAG